AUGCCUCUAUCCAUCGAGCGGCGUGGGCUUGAACAGGAGGAGCCAGAGGCAACCCAACAAUUGCCCGGCACUAUGACCGAACAGACGCCCUUGCUGUCAGGCGAUGUUCUUUUGGACAAUCGACACUCCAAGGCCGGAAGCCGCAGAGUAAUCAUCAUGUGUGCCCUCCUGCUCUUCGUCGUCGACGUUGGUGCCAACAUCAUGGAGCCACCCACAAACCAGCUGAUGGAAGACGUGAUUUGUCGCGACUAUUUCUCAGAUCACGCACUGGGCAAGGAAGGCCUCAUGGAUCACCGCUGCAAGGAACGCAUGGUGCAAAAGGACUUUACCGCGCUCAAAUCGGUCAACAUGUUCGCGCGAACACUUUGUCCCCUUCUUGUCCAGAUCCCCUUUGGCGUCGUAGCCGACAAGUACGGCCGCACAACGGUGCUCGUCACGGCGAUCUCCGGUGUACUGAUGUCCGCGGUCUCUGGUGCCACGAUUCUGCACUUCCCUAACGUCUUUCCAUCAUGGUCACUGCCCAUCUCACACGUCUUUCUACUGCUGGGCGGCGGGGGUCCAAUGCUUAACGUCAUGUUGUUCACCAUCAUCGCCGAUGUCACCCCUGUGUCGGAGCGUGCAGCUGUAUUCUACCAGAUGAUGGCCCUUUCCGUGAUCCUCAGCGCCAUAUUCGGGCCCUUCUCGGCGUGGCUCAUGAGCAAGGAUCCUUGGCUGGCCGUCUUCCUGGGCGUCUUUAUCAUGUUCCUAGGUUUAGUGACCUCGGUCUUCGUGCCAGAGACGAAAGACUACCGAGUGACCUCGGACUUCUCGACGCUCUCGAACGACCUCGCAGCAGAGCCUGCCGUGAACCAGACAUCUCGCAAAGGGCUCAAGAGCACGGUGAUCCGCAGUCUCCGUGCGUGCAGAACUGACAUGGUUCUGGUUUGGCGCUAUGUCCUUGGCUCGCCUCAAAUCAUGCUGUUGGUGUUUUGUGAGGCACUCUUUGUGCCCGUGGCCACAGGCUUGACGACUUUCGGCGUCCAGAGUAUCACGGUCCGCUUCGGCUGGAAUUGGUCAAAGGCGACCUAUGUCGCAUCUGUAUCAAGCAUCACAUCUUGCAUAGUGCUUCUUACGGUGCUCCCACUAGUAUCGUUGCUUGUCACCAAGUUUACAGCCAUCCAUCCUCUCAACCGAGAUUUACAACUGGUCCGUGUCUCCAGCCUGGUCUCGACACUUGGCCUGCUUCUCUUCGCGUUCGCAGACUCUUUCUCGGUCUUGGUUCUCGCCAUGGUCGUGAUUGGUCUUUCUGCCGGAUACACCUCCCAAGUGCGGUCCAUUAUCACGUCGCUGGUAGAGCCGCACAUGCUCGCCACCGUCAACACAACCAUGUCAACUUUUGGGACCCUGUUGGCCCUGGGUGCUACUCCACUAGUUGGCUGGCUUUUUUCGAAAGGCCUCGAUCUCGAAUUAAGCCGGUGGUACGACUUUGAGUACGAAGAAGACGAUGACGAGGACUCUGGCGACGUCGAUAUCGAGAACAAGUACUACAACGCGAAACAGCUCAAGCAAAGCGACCCGGACGAAGCGAUUGACGAAUUCCUGGGAAUACCGCCUCUCGAGCAGGACAAGGGCGAAUGGGGCUUCAAAGGAUUAAAGCAAGCGGUCAAACUCGAGUUCAAGCAUGGGCGGUAUGACAAGGCUGCCGAACACUACGAGGAGCUCCUCACCUACGUGAAGAGUGCCGUGACCCGCAACUACUCCGAAAAGUCCAUCAACAACAUGCUCGACUUGAUUGAGAAGACUGCCGAGAGUCCAGAGGCGACGCGGAGCGUCGAGAAAUUCUACAGUCUUACCCUCCAGAGCUUCCAAAGCACGAAUAAUGAACGACUGUGGCUGAAAACGAAUGUCAAACUCGCCAAGCUCCUCCUCGAUCGCAAAGAAUACACCGACGUAUCGAAAAAGCUGCGCGAGCUUCACAAAGCCUGUCAGCACGAAGAUGGUACGGAUGAUGCGAGCAAAGGCACAUACUUGUUGGAGAUUUACGCACUCGAAAUCCAGAUGUUCGCCGAGACGAAGAACAACAAACAGCUCAAGGCUCUUUAUCAGCGAGCGCUCAAAGUCAAGUCGGCAGUUCCCCACCCACGCAUCAUGGGCAUCAUCCGGGAAUGUGGUGGCAAGAUGCACAUGAGCGAGGAGAAUUGGAAUGAGGCUCAGAGCGAUUUUUUCGAGUCCUUCCGCAACUACGAUGAGGCGGGUUCGCUGCAGCGCAUCCAAGUGCUCAAGUAUCUCUUGCUGGCGACAAUGCUCAUGAAGUCGGACAUCAACCCGUUCGACUCCCAGGAAACAAAGCCCUACAAAUCCGAUCCGCGGAUUUCUGCCAUGACCGACCUUGUGGAUGCAUACCAGCGCGACGACGUGCUUGGCUACGAGAAGACGCUACAGCGGAAUCCAGACCUGCUGGAGGACGCCUUCAUUGCCGAGAACAUUGACGAGGUGACGCGCAAUAUGCGCACCAAGGGUGUGACACGACUCAUAGCUCCAUACACACGCAUGAGGCUGUCUUGGCUCGCGGCGCAGCUCAAGAUCUCGGAGCACGAGGUGCAGGACAUCCUUGGAUAUCUGAUCAUUGACGGAAAGAUUAAGGGUCGCAUCAAUCAACAAGAGGGAACGCUGGAGAUCAUGUCGGACGAGGAUGCCCAGCGAGUGGCUGCGCUGGGACAAUUGACAGAGUCCAUUUCUGAUCUUUUCAGCUCUGUAUUCAACGAUGGCGAAGGGUUCCGGACCAGCGAGCAAGGUCAUCCGGACACGGAUAAUCAGGGCAUGCUACGCUUCCUUCAGCCGGCCGAGGGCAAGAAGAAGAUGGCAGCCAGAGUCAGAGAGCGCAUGGUCUAA